CUUCUCCACGCACUUUUUUUUUAUCAGGUCAUGUCAAGGGGUCUUUUUGCGUGAUUAUGAGGAGGAGAGCUAUUAUCGGCAUCUGUUUUCGAGGGUAGUCAAACCCUUUGGGUUUUUGUAGUCAGGUGCUAUUCUCUGCACAUUUGUUUUUUGCUCUGCGUUCAUCCGACAAGGGAAUGGCGGAUUGGAAGAUACCAGUGAGUUACAACUUCAACCCAUCUUAUCAUGCGUAUGCAUACGGGCUCGUGUAUCCGCAGGUGUCUGAGCACGGCCACCCGAAUCUGAGCUGGGCCGAGGCCGCGUACGCUCAGUCCGGCGGGGUCACCGCGAGCUAUUACUCCUCUCAAACCACACAGCAGUCGGCAUCCUGGAGCUCAGAGACCGGCAAUGCGAGCAACUACGGCAACUACCCGAGCCACACGCAGAACGGACGGCUCUUCAUCUCAUAUAAUAAGACUGAGCCCGAUCCAAAGGUCAAAGAUGCAGAGCAGGCCAGCAGCGAUACACCCAGUGACUCAGAGGCUCAUACCCCAGAUUCCUGGAGCUCAGGGAGCAGUCGUGAGGGGGGCGCUCUGACCAAUCUCAGUCACCCGUCCUGGAAAGAUCAGGACUACGAAACGGAUAGUGGCAGUCCUGACAGCGGACAACCGAUCUCAAACUCCGUCUCUGCUGAAGGAGAGGAGCUGGUGAGUCAGAAUUUGGGGGUGGAUGCCUUGCCGCCUCUGCCCACGCUGACCACAUCUCCAGCCCGACGUCCAGCCCAGCCUCGGAAGACUCGUGCUGCCUUUUCUGAGGAGCAGAUGAAUGCUCUUAUCCACCGGUUUAAUGUCCAGAGAUACCUCACGCCCGCAGAGAUGAAGACUCUGGCUGGAGGGACGGGACUAACAUACAAACAGGUGAAAACGUGGUUUCAAAAUCGUAGGAUGAAACUCAAGAGGCAUCAAAGAGAUAGUAGUUGGAUGACCGAGAGAUACGUCAUUAAUGCCGUACCAAACACCUCAGCUGCUCAUUCUCAGUUUCAGACUGAAACCGCUCGAGCAAACCAAGAUCACUACAGUAACCCUCAGGUGAGAGAGCCUCUGUUCAAGAGGAGUCCUCAACAAACGCCCAUCUACCCCAGCUACCCACAGCCACGCUCUCCUUCUCAGGCCACUGCAAGACCCCUGGGAAACUGGCCUCUGCCCCCAGCUGUGACGCACUAUGAGUUCCCCAACCCUACUAGCUACAUUCAAGCCCGUGAUGGUGGCAAUGCAGUGAACAAAGGAAGCAGCCCUACUCAAAUGGCAUCCAUGCCGAGUGCCCAAUGGUCAACAAAAGGAAUGACUUUGCUGUGAGUGCGGCUGCUUGUUGUAUAUAUCCAUUGCUUUCACCCCCCGCAGCCUUGGGUACUCCCUGUAUUUGUAAAUAUAUAAUUUUUGG